GCGCGCGCGCGUCGCCAUGUUGAUCAUGUCAAACAUCAUAUGGGACGACGCCGUCCGUGGACGUGUUGCGCGAUCCUUGUAGACGUAGCUAAAUUAAACUAGGUAAGGCUCCGGAUUGAUGAAUCACGCGACGACACGCCGUAGGUGAUAUCUCAGCUAGUCGCGUGGCUUACGGCCAUCGGGAUUGUGGCCGACCCGAUGCGAUCUCGCACCACGCGGACAGGUUAUCCAUUUGUAGGUUAGGAACGCCAAAUCGCGGGCACAUUCCACGCACGUUAGGCGCGUAGCGUCAUGGAAUCACCCGGGAGCGGGUCGUCUCGCGAUCGCCCGGUAGAAUGUCCCCGCGCGUUACCGGAGUUCUCCAAGUUGCGUACGAUGCCGGCCGCCGCCGCCAUCGCCGCGGCCGACGGACGUAGUGUGCAGUCGCAGGGGAUGCAAACCAUUACCACUCAAGCAGUUACGUUUCCUCAAGACACUUCGAGCACACUCAGCAAGUUGUUUACGCCGUCUUGGCAGGAUACGUUACUUCAACUAUGCGACAAGCAAGUUUUUAAUCAGAUAAUUAAUGUCCCAAAUUACAGUCAAAAUAAUGGGAUGCUUGGUGCACAAUCUGGCAGUUUUAGUUUUAUGAAUAAUCUAUCUUACCUACCUUCCACGUCGCAAGCAGAUAUUAUAAAGCAAGAGCCAGAUAUUCAGCUUAAAGAGAAGAAUUCAGACAAAGAAACUGAAAUACUGGUGAAACAUCAAACAGCAGCAGUUAUGGCUGAAUAUUUCCAGAAAAUACCUGAAGCUUCUCUGCGGGAAGCACUCGGACUAUGUACAGAAGUAAAAAAGGAGAAACUGCGCGAGGAAAAAAUAGAACACACACAGAAUAAUAUUCUAAAUAUACCAAAUAUCAGAAAUAUUUAUCUGCAAAAUGGUAAUAAUUUUGCAAGCUCGGAUCAAAUGACUGUUAAUCCAAACGAUUUGAAUCUGCAAAAUGAACAAGAAAUUGAAAACAGUUUGCGAAAUGUUUUAAAAGUCGAGCAGCAGGUACAAACAGAUUUGCCGAAAAUUGAGAAAAAGUCGAAAUUUCGAGCGAAAAUUGGCGAGAUCAAAAUCAGUAUUGAUUAUAAUGGAACUACAGUUUAUUGUUGCCCAGAAUGCAACUUGGGACUUCCAGACAAGAUUGAUAUGGAACAACAUAUACAGAGUCACUUACAAGAACGAAAAUACCAAUGUAAGGAGUGUGGUGCCAUGUUGAAAAGAAAGGAGCAUCUUGAUCAGCAUAUGCGAGGUCAUUCGAACGAGCGACCUUAUAAAUGCGAAGUAUGCAAGAAGGGAUUCAAAAGAAACGAGCAUUUAACAAGACAUACCGUUAUUCAUUCCGGCAACAAGGAUUUUGCGUGCAAGAUGUGCCAGAAAGCAUUUUCGCGCAAGGAUCACUUGAACAAGCACCUUCAAACGCACUUUGGCACUCGUAAGAAUAAAAUGAAGGAGGAUUCUUAUUUUGUUGAGCAAAAAGAUACAAGACUAUUUGAUAACAGUAUUGAUAUUGCCGCGGCGCCUAAGCAGGAGGUAAGCUAUGUUCUAAAGGACGGUAGUUUAGUGAAACAGGAAGCUGCCAUUCUACAGCAUCUUCAGAAUAUUCAAAGAAAUCCGACUCUGUUGCAUACAUUCGCUUCUCUUAAAGAACAUAUGAAAGAUAUAACAAUGCCUGAACAGGCACAGAGCAGUAAUAUGAGUGAAAAUGCAAGGUAUUUAAUGCCAUCUUAGUUGUAGAUCAAAUCCGCAUGUUCCAAAGCAAUAUGUGGCGGACAAUGGAGCCGUCGUAGGUAAUUUAAAUUUUCUAAUUCAUAUUUUGCCAUUGGAAUAAUUAUAACUUUGAGAUUUAUAGUUUAAUUUCAAUACAUCAAAACGUUUUAAUGUCGGAUUAAAGGCACAUAUCAUUUGACAAUGUGUAUCGCGAUAACGAUAUCGUACAAUCUUCUCUAUUCUAAAGUUAGGGGACCGAGUCUUUUUUCUCUGUUUUAUAAUUUUUCUUCAAUUUUCAUUUUUAUACUAAUGAUAUAUAUGCAGAAUGAAGAUAUUCUUGCACAUUCUGUUUUUUCUUGAUUUAUGAUUUAUAGUGCACAUUAGCUGACUGUGUGAUAAAUAUGAGAUAUAAGAAAAUAAUAUAAGAGAAGAAACUCUGUUUAGAGGAACUAAUUUAGAGGAAAAUUUAGAAUAGAGGAGUUCUGAAUAUCACACAUGUCAAUCUUGCACCUUUAAUGCGAUAAAACGUUCAAAUAGGUAUGUGCUAAGCUAUGAGAUAAGCUGUGAUUACCCGAAUUUAUCACUCUUGUCUUUGUAUAGUAUCAUUUUUUUUUCCUAGCUUCCUCCAUUUUAUUAUUUUUUUUCCAAAAUCGAGUUUUAUACUUUUAUUUCAUCUGACAAAAUUUUCUCUUAAAUUAUGAUUUUUUGUGAACUCAUUAGUAAACACAUGUACGCAAAUGUGGGUGCGCGCAUAUUGCAAUUCUUAAAUAAAUCUAAAUUUUGAAAGAACAGAUAAUCGCUAAUUUGUACAUUAAUGUGUUAAUGCAUUAUUCUCUAAUUGCCUUAAUUCUUGGAAUCCUAGACAUGGGAUAUAUUUUAAAUUUAUUCCAAGAUUUUUCUUACGUCCUGCAUAAAAUAAGCAUUUUAAAACGUGAAUAGAAAAUUGAUAAAAGGAAUUAAUAAGGGAAGGCCAAUUUAUGUAAUUGCAUGCUUUUCUGCCUUAUUUAAGUUAGUCAUAGAAAACUAUUAUAGAUAUUGUCCACAAUUUCUAGUCCAUUGUCAUUAUUUUUAAUUUUAUGAUUACUUGCACUAAGCAAAGACUCAUUUUGGACAUUUGGACUUUUUCCGAUAACUAAAAUAUAUUUACAUUAAUUCUCUAAAGGUGGAUUUUUUUAUUUAUGAAAAUAGAAUCGGAUUUUGACUUUAUAUGCUCUGUUUUGAUUGUUUUUGAUCCAAUUAUUGUACAAAAUCAGGUAAAGGAAGUAAAUCAUAACAUCAAACUGUUCCUUGUUGCUAUAAAAUUCUUUGUCUGUAUAAAGCUAUGAAAUAGACAAAGCCAUGAGUCGUAUCCGAUUCCAACUUUACCUUUAGAGGAUUAAACCUACAUAAAUAAUUAAGUAUAAGAAUAAUUAUGAGAGAUAUUACUAAAAUACUGGAUCGUCACAGAAGCAAAUUCACUGAUAGUAUAAAAGAUGUCUUUGGAAAAAAAAGAAUGCUAUUGAAUAAUUAUUCCGUGGUCCACAUAUACGAAAGUUUCUCUUUAUCAUACGUAAUACUUUUGUCGCAUGUAUUUUUUAUUUUAUUAACUCGAACUCGGAAAACAAAUUGACAAAUGUAUAAAGAAAUAAUAACGACAUAAUGCGAGUUUAGUUUAAAUUCCGAUACUCAAAUUGAUAUAUUAAAUUGAAAUUUAAAAUUUGGUACAGCCAUUUUUUAAAGCAUUGUCAAUAAUAAAUGGAAAUAUUAAGUAA